AUGUCAACCUCGACAGAAAUCUUGCAUGAGAUAGUCUUCCAAGACAGACUGUGGAUCAUCAUAAACUACACUGCCAUUUUCUCUUCGACAGCCUUGUGGAUGAUUGACCUGCUUCAAACUUUACCUAUGGAGAUCAGCAUUGUCUGGUCAAGGAAACCCACCGGCACUGCGGUCACGGUCAUCUUCCUUCUGAACAGAUACAUAUUCGGAAUAUAUAUCAUCAUGUUGACCGUGUUUCAGAGUCCCGGCUCUGUCUCAGACGAAAGGUCUUGGCAGACCGUUGCGCUAUUCACUACGAACCUUAGCCUUGUUGUCGUUUUCAUAUCCCUGGUCUUCGAUACGCUCGUCUUUGGAGUCACCCUCAUCAAAACAUAUCGACACUUCCUAGAGAUGCGGAGAUACAAUCAGAGAAGCCUCACUGGUCUUUUGCUACGCGAUGGAACCCUUUACUUUUUUGUAGUCUUCACGAUUGCAGCUGUAAACUUUGCAUUGGAAGUUACUUCGGUGUUAAAAUAUUUCAAUGUGCUCUAUUUAAACCUUCGAGCGAUGAGUCGCCAAAAUGACACCGUAACAUCCGAAUACAAUGGCAUGCCCGAAAUGGCCUUCGCUCAAGAUCGAUUCUUAGGCAAUGUCGGCGCACCCCUCGAUCCUGAUUGGUGGAACACCCAAUUUGACGAUGAAGAGGGCGAUGAUGACGAGCCGACCGUUCAAGACGGCUCAACAAUGUCGACGGGAAAUAACGGGCUUACCACUCUCGUCCCAGUUGUUUAUGAGGGUGAAGGCCACGGCGACAUCGAGAUGGUACCCAUCCACAAAGAGUCCGGAACCCCUAUCGCAGGCCCAUCGCGUUCCGUCGACGCCAUGGCCUGA